AUGUCCGCAACGACAACUGCUGCUACGAGUGUCGCUACAAAUGGCGGUAAUAGCGAGGACAAUCAUAAUACAAGCCCUUCGAGUUCACCUCUACUAUUUUUUGUCGCCCUUGGAUUUGGUGUCGUAUUUACCAACUUAUGGAUUAUUGUUGGAGUCAAAUACUGCUUUCGAUAUAAUCAGCGAAACCGCCAAUUACGCAACGAAGAGACGGGCGAGCCUAUAGACUUGGUGACUAUGCCCCGAACACACAGAAGAAGGAGGGAGAAGAAAUUGAUGACCAUGGAUGAAGUUAAUGAGCGAUUUCCACUUAUCAAAUAUAAGGCGUGGAGAGCGUCACGUGAAAUUGACGGCCUUCCAGCAAAUGGCGGGAUACAGGCACCGAAUAGCAGGCCGCAGAGUUUAAAAGGAGAUAAUAAUGACUUUGUUGGGGUCUCGUCUGGCACGUCUCCAAUAGAUAACCAGCAGCAUAUAAACGCACCUACAUCGUAUUCGCCAACUUCUGUUCAGCAUGCCGAAAUCCUGGUUACACAAUCGGAAGAGAAGACUUCCGGGGAUUUAGGACUCUCUGCUGACGCUCGGGAAGCAAGGCAGUCGCUCGAUAAACCCGUACAACAGGUUCACGCUUUAGAAGACGAUGAAAAUGGCGAUGGACAUAUCCGCACCGCACUCCCCGCUGGGCUUUUGCCAAACCCCGGUGAUUCGUGUGCAAUUUGCCUUGAUGCGAUUGAGGAUGAUGAUGACAUACGUGGUCUUACAUGUGGCCAUGCAUUUCAUGCUUCUUGCGUUGAUCCUUGGUUGACAAGUCGGAGGGCAUGCUGUCCUCUUUGCAAAGCGGACUAUUAUACACCGAAACCUCGCCCUGACGCUGUGGAGACAUCAAAUAUGGAGCGCCCAAGGCGUCGUCCUACAGCUCGGACGCUGAGCCAGCCCCAUGCUGUUCUCGUUGGGGGGCGAGUGAAUCCAUUUCGGUCGGUUGUGGCUUCACCGGGACAGCUACUGCAGACAGCACUGCCUGAAAACAGAUCUAACUUGACACCACCAGCGGAGCAAAAUCCAUGGCGCAUGCCAACAGGCCAAUCUGCAUCUACCAGUAAUUUGCCAGAUAGAUCAGACGAAUCCCAUAGAAGUCGGAAUCGGUGGUCGAGACUACUCCCCUCCCGUCUACGAGGCUUUUCGUUUGCCUCGCUACGUGUGUCUGGUCGGCACAAUAACUAUAGGGAGUAUGAAUAUCCAACUGCAACUCAAAAUCGAACACUCCGCCAGCUCGAAGCUGGACCUACCACUUGA